UCCCGGACCUGAGCGGAUUGUUUACUUUUCUUCUGACUCCGUUAAACACACAAAAACGUUAAUUUAGGAGCAUUUAAACGGGUCAGUUUUGGUGUUUUGACCGUUACAACGUUUAUGUGUCAGUCUUUAUCACGUUUACCGAUAUUAACCGGACGUUUUUGUGUGGUUUUUGGAGGAUAAAACGCCUCAUUUCCUUACCAAGAGAGAGAGAGGCAGAAAGUGGAUGUCAGCUACAGGUGUGCUACCGGAUGUUCCCCGCCGGAGCAGCGGAGGGGUUCGGCGGCGUGGACCCCCGCAGCAGCCCGCCGGCAGAGAUGGAGACCCUGCGGAUGUUCGUUAACGAGCGGCUAACGGCGGCGGUGGACGACAUCCUGGGGCUGUUCGGGGAGACCGUGGCCCGGUACCGGGAGCAGAUAGACCGCCAACGGGGACAGCUGGACAAGCUAAGGUCCGAGGAGGACAAGUGGAGCCAGGCAGACCCCGAGCAGACGUCCUGCUCGGUCAAACUCUGCCCUGAUGAUCCCAUCCGAAGCGUCCCGCUGGACCGGACGGGUGAGACAGACGCCGGCUUCUCCGCCGCUCGGAACAAAACCGAAGUCGGCGACGAGGACUGCGGAGCUUCUGAACCAACGAGCGACUUGGAUCCAGCCGGCAGCUCAGAAGCAGCGAGCGACGGCCGACAUCUCACCGAGUCAUCCUACACGGAAGACAGCGGGACUUUGGAGACCAGAGGAGACGGAAGAAGAAGCUCCGGGACAAAAUUCAACUCUGGGCGGGAAGGCGCGAAGCUCCGCCGAUCUGCCGCACACACCAGGCUCAGCCGGGACACGCCGUUCCAUUGCAGCGUCUGCGGCCAGAGCUUCACGCUGCGCAGUUGUUACUUUAAAUCUAAAGAGGAGAAGAAGACUUGGUAUUGGCACAGAUUUGUUUUACCUGAACUGGUCCUAGGUAGUACCGGCCUUGUCAGUACUACUCCAGUCCAGAUGGUGGUGGUAAUGCACCUGAAGCUGUAACUGACAAAAAGAGAAAUCAUUUUAGGUUCAGUUACAACAACAACACUUCAGCUAACUAGCCAUUAACACACACAUAUGCAUAAACUAUUACACAUGGAAGACUUGCAACAUUGGUCACUCAUCUCUUCAUCUUUUUUCUGUGCUCCUCUACUCUGUUAUGCAUCUAUGAUCUGCUCUCUGUGUGUUACUAGCUGUGCAUGUAGCAGAGCUUAUUCUUUAUUCCAUCCAGCUGAACUUCAGGUAAUUAUAGGGUGACUAAACAGCCUCUUUUCCCCGGAUAUGUCCACUUUUUACCUACUGUCCGGG